AUGUCGUCUUGGGAACAACGGGCUGUUGAAGCUGAAAAAAAAGGCGAUGCUGCCGCGGAAGAGAAGAAACCUAUAGAAGCAGCUUUGCAUUAUACCGAAGCAAUCAAGAUACAGCCGGCUGUAUAUCAUUUGUAUUUAAAGAGAUCCAAAGUAUUUUUACAAAUGGAGCAUCAUUCUUUAGCACUUCAAGAUGCUAUAUUAUAUAUACAAAGAUCGCGAAAUAAGCCUGAUGGGUAUAUUAUGAAAGCUGAGAUAGAACAUAGCGCUCAACAUUACAAAAACGCUGUGAUCAGCUACCGCCUUGCAGCUGAAAAGACUAAAGAUGCAAGGGGCAAAAAGAAAAUUGAAGAAUGCUUGAAACAAUCAUUGGAUACCUUGCAAGAGCAACGUCGCAAGGAAGGCAGAAGACCCUUGUUUUGCUUAGCUGUAUCUUUAGUUUUAGCUAUAAUAAUUGUAAUAAUAGACAGUCGAAUAUUACAAAAGCCGUUGCUUCGAGAUAACCUAAUCGCUCAGGGCAGUGUGAUAUUCAUUAUUUCCGCCUUUGGCUAUGGCAUUGGUAAAUUAACCAAUUGGGUAAUAGAAUCCGAUCGAAAUAGUUUACUGGAGGCACCCAUUGACUUACUCGAUUUAGGAAAUAACACUUCGGAAACAUCUCGCGAUAAACAGAGAAAUCAGACAUCUGACAAAAAAUCAACUCCAUCUCAUACUAAAUCUGACUAA